AUGUGUCAGGGUGUUGAUACAGAAAUAUAUUUCACAGCAAAAGAUCCCAUCUUCCAGACGCUAAAGCCUUACAGUUUUCGUUUUCCUCCGUCAGAUGAUCUGCCGUGCGAGAACUUCGACAGGGAAAAGUGGCCUCUCAGAGUUCAGGACGCAAGGGAACUUGGGCCAAAUAUCGACGUUCAGGGCUUCUGUCUCGAGCGGUUCCCUACUCGAAUGUCCUAUGGAGAUUUCGCAAUCGCCGAAAAGAUUGAGAACGUGUAUGCGAAGGAACUGGAGUCCGCACUCUUCGAGCAGUUUCAAGCUCGACAUGUUCGUGUCGUCGAUUAUCUGGUUCGUCGAAGGCAUCGUAAAUAUCCUAAGCUCGAAAUCGAAGAUGUUACUGAGGCUCAGCCCGCUUCACUCGCACACAUCGACUUCUCUCAUGAAGAGGCCAUAUCCAUGAUACGAGCUCUUUAUGGCGAACGGGCGCAAGAGUUGCUGCAGCAUCGCUGGCAGCUGAUCAACACAUGGAGGCCUCUGAAAGGACCACUCAAUGAUUGGCCGUUGGCGAUCUGCGACGCCCAGUCUUUUGACGCACAGCAAGACGCUCUUGUUGCUGAUGUUGUCUACCCAACUUGGAGCUAUGAAAAUGUCUUGGUUCACUUCAACACCUCCCAGAAGUGGUACUACUUCCCAGGCCUCGAGGUAGAAGAAACGCUGCUAUUUAGAUGCACCGAUUCGGAGCGCCCUUCUGCUGGAUCAUGCCCACACGCCUCCUUUCCGAAUCCAAAUUGUUCUCAAGAUGGUGUGCCUCGAGAAAGCAUAGAAGCGCGAGCAUUUGUUUUCUAUGCUCCUAUUGAAGAAUUCCCAAAGGCAAAGGGGACUGUGUAUGGGCAGAAGGAAUAA